CCAGAUCGUUGGAUCGCAAAUUGGAUGAUCACAUGGUCUAUUGAUACGGAAAAAGAAGCAGCAGCAGGAUUUGCCGCUCUAGAUCCAUUGAUCUUUCGCACAAUGAAUCGUCUUAUUGAGAACAAGUCCACCGCAAUAUCAUAGCAACGGGAGGAGCGGCAAGAAGAUGAAGUCCCCGAAGACGAGGACCACGAUGGAGCGCAGCGCCAGCUCCUCCUCCAUCAAACGGGAUAAAAGCAGAAGCACCAGCUCCCGCACCGCGUCAAAAGGGUCGAUAAAAGAGCCAGCGAACUACAAGAGAAAAUCGAGUAAGCUCACUCUCUUCCUUCGCUUUCUCGGUUUCCUCGCGUUAUUCGCUCUCGCCGCCUUCGUGUACGUCAGGUAUGGCGACGCACUUUCACUUCACGCACUGAAGAACAGCAAGGAGAAGAUCGAGGGCAUGAUAACGAGAAACCCGAUUCUCGGUCCCAUCGCGUAUGUCGGCUUCCAAUCCGCGUGCGUCGGAUUCAACCUGCCUGGUGCGACCUUUCUCGCGACGUGCGCCGGCUUGUUCUUCCCGCAACCGCUCGCCUCCGCCAUUGCCUACACGGGCUACAUGCUGGGCGCGAUGAUUUCCUUCAUUUCCUGGCGUUUGAUCCUUGGGGACAGCGUGCACAGCUUUUUGGAUACGAGUUCCACCAUGUUUAAGAAGAUGGAAAGGGAAAUCAAAAACGCGGACAACAUAAUCGACACGGUCGCCUCGCUUAUUUUCAUCCGCUACAUCGCGUUUUUCCCCUUCUGGUUCGUCAACGCCAGCCAAGCAGCCAUGGGCAUCUCCUUUUCCUAUUUCACACUCCUCACCGCGUUCUCGACCGUCCCGGGCGCGCUCCUCUACCCCAUGACGGGCCGGAUGCUGCGACAAACGUUGUCGGAGGUGACGGUAGAGACGAACACCUCGGAGUUUGUGCAGGCUCUCUUCAUCAAGGCAAUCUACGAGGACCCGGCGGCGCAGGCGACGUUCGGGCUGUUGGUGUUCUGCGCACUGUUGCCAGUACUGCUGCGAUUGCCGAAAUUGUUCUUGACAGCGGGGGAGGCAGUGAUGGCCGCGACCGAAGUGAAGCAGAGGACAAGAGGCAGGUCACCAACCACGAGACCAGCGACCAGCUCGGCUGAGUACUGUAUGUCUUUUCUCCACAUGCGUUUCUGUAUCUGUUUCUCGCAGAUGAAUUUCGCAAAUGCAAAUUUGUACAAGCGUGCGAAGAAAUCAAUUGUGCACUAGGUCACUGACAAAAAAAAAAAACAGGCGCAAGCGCGAACGGGUACUGAAGAAGGCACAAAGGGAACAACUUGCAGCAUCCAAGAAGAACUCGUGAAAAUGAAGAGCUGCAACAUCUUCGUGCGAGGGAGCAAGAAAGUAAAGUCAAAGACGAGUGCAAAUGAGUGAUCCGCCAGUGAACGCAUAAACAACACGGAGUCAAGUGAUGUAUGAUACGUCGUCUUGUCGGACGGGAUUGGGUAUGAAGCGCGCUUUACAAUAGUCUGGCGACAGGAAGAAGAAGCAACGUCUGCCGCUGCACGAUCAGCUUUUCCCGGUUUGCUGCGCGAAUUUUGAUCUUUUUUGCGUAUUGAAUUUCGUUUUUGUGUCUCUGCCUCUGCUCGAGUUUUUCCCUUUUUAAU